CCGGGAGAGACCUGUUGUAAAGCCGCCCCCAAACAACUCGGUGGCGGUGAUACAAAACAGUAAAAGAAACAAAGUGUGUGUGUUUAACUAACCAAACCAACAGUUUUCUAGUGGCUUUUCGUGUACUUGUGUUUGUGUGUGCUUCUUUGGUCCGUGGAAAAUGACAGACUUUUGUGAGCUUACGCUCGAAACGAAAGGGUUUUACGGUGUAAACUUUACGAAGCAUUCCGCACAAAUCACGUGCAUUGUGUUCGAUGUUGAGGGCGCAAUUUGGCUGGAGGUCGUCCCGAUCCAGACCCUAAUCCGACGGCAAAAAGCGCAAAACCCAAAUCUGGACUGUUCCGAACCGCUCAUCGACCAAACGCUGCUUGCUGCCGGAUGCAGCGCAAGCUACGGUGCAACCAUCGUGGACGAUUGCGUACACUUUACGGCCAAGUACUAUCUGGCCAACUAUCCUAUUACGUUUCAAUUCUUCCUUGCCCGCGGAACGGCACAAGAAAUUUCCCGUCAUUACAUCAAACCACUGUGGCGCACAUUGCUCCGUCAGCGGGCGGAGAUCGGUGCGCUGGUGGAAGAACUGAAACGAAAGGAUCUCGAAAUUGCUCAGUACCAAGCGGAAGGGGCUCGUUUGAAUAGGACCACCGUGCAGACGGUUCCAUUCGAUGAGGAAACGUUCCGGCACCAGUUUCUUCCCGUUCAGCUUCCGCAGCAAACUGUACGUAUCGAUACGCUUUUGGACAGUGCCGUCCAUCGUGAUCGUCUAAUGCAAACGUUAGAACUGGAACCGAUAGAGGUGGAUACGUCAAGAGGCCGAAAUAAGCCGCCGGUUCCUUCCACCCAGCAGACCGGGACACCAACAAGAAGGAGGAAGAAACGUGUGAAACCGUUGACGGCGGUGGCUGAUGUUAGCAAAACCAUGAUAGUGUAUGAAAACGAAGAGGAUGAAAGUAAUUGAUACUAGUUGAUGUGAAGGUUUUUUACGAACUUAAAUUUGUAUAAUCCAUUUUUUUCAUAGGAUAACUGAUGUAGGUGGUAUCUGAACAAUUGAUUAUUGUUUAAUAACUCCGUUUAGUCAUUUAACCAAAUUUAUCCGCAGGGGAUUUAGCUUGGGCAGGGCACGUAACAGCUUUUCUUCGAAAUUCUUUUAUAAUUUAAAGAAUAUGCUAAAAACACACUGCUUGUGAGUGAACGAAAGUGAUGAGACAAGAAGAAUGUCAAACAAUGCCUGUUUGACGACUUCAUUUGAAAAGUAAUGGAAUUGCAUAAGCCUUAAUUUUAAAAUAUUUUUUAAACACUGCAAUCACUGGUUUGGUAGGAUGGAAAAUAAGCCUUAAACAAUCUGUACUGAGUCAAAACAAGGAUCAAAUAUUUUGUCUUAUAACGCUCCGCCUUACCAAACAAUUUGAUCUACCUAUGGUCGAGUACUCCAAAUUGCAAAUUGUCAGCGGGAAUUAAAUUUUAACUCAUCUUGGAAUAAUUCUUUGAAUAGUACUACAACCUCAGGUGGGUUUUAGUCUACAAUUUUUAGCUUCCUUCACAUGUUUCUACCCGAAGCUGGAUACUUACUGAAACAUGAGUUUUAUCUAUUUUAUAAGUAUUUUAUUUAAUUGUGAUCGUCUUUCCAAAGUAUUUCUUUUCUAAUCUAUUUUACACUUCUUUACCAAAUAGUUUUUCAAGUUAGCAAAUGUUUUUUUAGGGGUGUCAGUUUUCACACGGCAGGACCGGGGUUCAAGUCCCAACAGAGACUGCCCCACCGCAAGCAGGGAUGACUGUCUUGGUACGGGUAAAAUCAAGUCACAGAAUGCCAGAAAUGGCAGGCCGAGCAUCUUUCGGGGUUGUGUAGUGCCAAGGAAGAAAAAAAAGAAGAAACUUUUUAUUUUAUUUUAAAUAUUGUAAAAUAUUUUUAUUUAUUAGUCAACUAGCCAAAUUUUUUUCAUACCAUGCCAGCUAGUGAACUUGAAAAAGCCUUUAAUACAAAUCAAUUAACAAAACGAAAAAGUAAGUGGAAUAGAACAAAAUGUAAAUUAUACAAUUAGUAACAGGUGCUUUUAGAUCGCAUUGCAUUCUACAAAAUACGAAACAGUUUCAUAGCAAUAAAGAAAAAUUACGUAAGCUACACAUAAAAAGUUAAAGAAUUUAAAACAUAACAAGUGAAAUCAUGUCCAACAUUAUAACGGUCCAUAUAUCACAGCAGGUGCGAUGACAGAACAUCAUUUAAUCAAAUGCCAAAUGCCCCCAACCCAUCGGUACGUGGGUAGGAAUGAAUCAUACGCGUGUGAGUGAAUCAUAAAACUGCGUACCAUCUCGGUACACGGGGCUGCG